AUGCCAAACGGGAUUGUCAGUGUCUGGACACACAAGAACAUUUUGCCCGAGGUAGUCGCCAUCAUGCACAGUCUUGGUUGUCGCUAUGUUGAAAAUCUCGUAUGGUACAAGAUGGCAUUGAACAACACGAAUUUGAAUCGGCCCUCACCUUUUUUCAGAUCAUCAAAAGAAAUCCUGCUCAUGUUUAAAAAGGUAUACAGAGGUGACGGGUUUGAUAUUCGCCAUCAGCGUACAGCGGAUGUGAUUAUUGACUUUGAAAAGCCCACGAGCUGCUGGAUAAAAGAAGACUAUACAGAGCCCAAGCCCGAGGGUGCGUAUGAAAUGAUGGAGACAUUGUUACCAGAUGCACGUUACAUGCCCGAAUCUGGAAGAGGAAGAUUACUGGAGAUAUGGGGCAAGAAGAGCCAGGAGCGCCGCCCUGGAUGGUUCAGUAUCCAUGAACUAAAGCGUCCGCUACAGAAAGAAGAAUCACCAAGUCAAGCAGGAACAAGCAUUAAAGCUGAGCCUCAGGCAGGUAGAGAUGAUCCAGAUGGAGACGCUGACAGCAUAGAUGAGGCUUUGUUGGAAGAGAUUGCAAAUGACAUGGCCAUGGAUCUGUAA